ACUGUUUGGAAGAUUAAAUAUAAAAGAUCCGAAGAAAACAAAUAACAAUUUCGUCCUCCGACUAGAGAUGUCAUUCCACCAUAUCAUCUGUUCCCUUUCCACGACUAGAUAUAUGUGUGAAUCUCUGAUAACAGAGGAUUCUCUGAGAACAGAAGGCUGGAUAUUAUAUGAAUCUCGGAUAAUGAUAAGAGAUACUGUUGCCACGUUGUGCAAUGUUAGGGUGAUGGCUAUAGUUGUAUCAAAACAGAGCAACAGCCUGAGAUUCGUGUCUGUGCAGAAAUAUGCCCGGCACUCAGAGAUGUGCAUGGUUGGUAAUUGGUAUUGCCCUUUUCCUUCCACAUUUCUCUGUUUUAUUUCAUGGCUGCAUAGCAACAGAAACUGGGUACUGCUUCCUGCACCCUGUGCAAUGUUAUGAUGAUGGCUAUAGUUAUUGGUUACAGGGGCUUAUCAAAACAGCAACAGAACAACAGUGGCUACAAGCGUGAGAUUCUUGUCUGUGCAGCAUUAUGAGAUUCUUCCACAUUUCUCUCUGUUUUAAACUUCUAUUUCAUGGCUUCACAGCAACAACAACUGGGUACUGCUUCCCGCACUUUAUGGUAAGUCCUCAAUUAUGUACUCAGUUUGCUAAGUCCUCUGUUUAUUCAUAUAGGGAAACUUCUGUAAAUUUCUCAAAUCAUUAAUCUUGUGCCUCUGGCUGAAUAAUGAGGAGCAGAAUUAUGCCAGGCGCUGAGACUUUUCUUCCUUUGGUUUUGGCCUUCUACUUUUCUCUCUAUUUUGUUUCGAUGUCUGCACAACAGCAACAGAAGAGUGCUGAUUUUAUUUUUGAGGGAUUCAAGGAUUCCAAUCUGAGCCUGAGUGGUGUGGCAAAAGUUGAUUCUCGAGGCAUUCUAGAGCUCACAAAUGUGACGAAGCGAUUGCAGGGCCAUGCCUUUUAUCCAUUCCCUCUACAGUUCAGGAAUUUCUCCAGCAACUUUACAUUUUCUUUCAGUACAACUUUUGUCAUGUCCAUUGUGCCCCAGUACCCAACUCUUGGAGGCCAUGGAUUGGCCUUUGUGGUGACACCUUCUAGAACCUUCGAGGGAUCCCUGCCCAGUCAGUACUUUGGUAUGUUCAAUUCUACCAAUAAUGGGAUGCCUUCUAAUCAAGUUUUUGCAGUGGAAUUUGAUACAGUUCGGGACUUUGAGUUCAAUGACAUUGAUGAUAACCACGUUGGGGUGGACGUUAAUAGCCUGUUUUCAAGCAAAUCUGCGACCGUGGCCUUUAUGAAUGAGAGCGGUUUGUAUCAGAAAUUUAAUCUCAAGGCUGAGAAGAGCAUCCAGUGUUGGAUAGAUUUUGAUGGUGGAGAUAAAUCGCUGAAUGUGAGUGUUAUGCCAGGGGGAAUGACUAAGCCCAAUGUGCCCUUGAUUUCAAUGCAUCUUGAUCUUUCAGGGUUUUCUGGGGACUUUAUGUAUGUGGGUUUUUCUUCCUCCACAGGGUUGCUUUCCAGUGCACAUAGUGUUUUGGGGUGGAGUUUUAAAAUGAAUGGACCUGCACGGGAUCUGGAUCUUUCAAAACUUCUUGCAGUUUUGGAAUCACAAUCUGAGGAUAAGCCCAACAAAUUUCCACUUGGGGUGUGCGUUGCUGCUGUGGUAGUCAUGACAUUGGUCGCAGAGAUUCAUAUUGUUAGGAGAUUGAGGGAUAUUGAGGUUAUUGAAAACUGGGAGCUUGAAUAUGGGUCUCAUAGGUUUUCAUACAAGGAGCUAAGGGUUGCCACCAAGGGGUUUAGGGAUAGCGAGCUGCUUGGAACGGGCGGUUUUGGUAAAGUUUACAAGGGGGUCUUACCUAGCAAUGGGUUAGAGGUUGCUGUGAAGGGGGGUUCACUUGAGUCUAAACAGGGGCUGAGACAAUUCAUUGCUGAGAUUUCAAGCAUUGGGAAGCUCCGACAUCAAAAUCUGGUCCAGUUGCACGGCUGGUGUAGAUAUAAGAGGGAUUUGCUUCUUGUUUAUGAUUAUAUGCCAAAUGGUGGCCUUGAUAAGUUCUUAUUUGGGGAUAACGAAAAUGUUCUAAGUUGGGAACAGAGAUACGCGAUUUUGAAGGGCGUUGCCUCUGGUCUGCUUUAUCUCCAUGAAGAAUGGGAACAGCGAGUAGUGCAUAGAGAUGUGAAGGCAAGCAAUGUGUUACUUGAUGCAGAUAUGAACGCUAGGUUAGGAGACUUUGGAUUUGCCAGGUUGUAUGAACAUGGAACUGAUCCAUAUACCACUCGUGUGGUUGGAACACUGGGUUAUCUUGCACCUGAGCUUUCUACUAGGACAGGUAAGGCCACAACAUGUGCCGAUGUGUUUGCUUUUGGGGCUGUGUUACUUGAAGUGGCCUGUGGAAGGAAACCCAUUGAACCUAAAUAUUCUCCUGAAGAAUUAGUCUUGGUGGAGUGGGUUUGGGAGAUGCAUUCUACGGGAAAUACUUUGAAUGUGGUUGAUCCCAAACUUGGGAAUGAGUAUGCUGUGAGAGAAGCUGAACUUGUUCUUCAAUUGGGUUUGUUGUGCUCUCAUCCUCGGCCUGAAGCUCGACCGAACAUGAGACAAGUAGUGCAAAUCCUUGCAGGAGAUAUUGUGAUGCCGGCAUUACCAUCGGGAGCUCCUUCAGCAGAUACACCUCAAACAACUCCAUCUUUUGACGAACUCGUUGUUUCGUUUUCAUCUUACAAGCAAAGUUCUUUAAAUACAAACUCACAAGCCAGUGCGAGCUCAAUUCCUGAUAGAAGAUUGCCACUUUCCUUAAUGCAUGGAAGAGACUGAAAGAUUCCACGCUAUUAGACUCAGGAUUCAAAUCCUGACACAUUGUUAUUUAGUUUAAAUCUCAGCUGCAAAGAGAUUCUGCUGUUCAAAGCCCUCUGAAAGGUUCCAAUCUUUCAAUUUAUCAUGUAAGGAUUGUUUUGUUGGUCUUCUGAUACAUAUUAUC